CGUUUAGAGAGUCUAAAUCCUCGUCGGUCUGUCGUUGUAAAUAAAAUUUUGCGGUUUGGGAACACAUUCUACUUCAAGGCACUAAAGAAAGUUACAGAUAUGUCAAACCCUAGCCGAAGCAAUGGCUACCAAAGACCUCCUCAAGGAAGGAACUAUGCAGCAGGACUUCCUGAGAGAAUGACAACAACUUUAUAUUUUACUAAUAUUCCCCCAGAUAUUCUGCCCACUCUAAAGAAAAAGUACUCUUUGCUUAAGAAAAGUGAGCAUGUUAGACAACAGUUACUGACAUUCUUGGAAACAUGUGACAACCCAUAUGCAUCAGCUUUGCAAAUUAUUGCUGAUUGUGAAGAUCUGUUACAUAACAGAACCAAUACGCUUGCAUCGUUUGUGAUUGAAGAGUUCUGUGGUUGGGCUAGAGCCCAUGAAAGGGAAAUAUGUCACAAAUUAACUCCCCAGCUCAAAUAUGAUGCCUUUUGCCUCAUAACGAUGCAAAAGAAUUAUGCAUUAACAAAGCUAAUUAUUGAUGUGUUGAAAAUGCCAGCAGACAAAAUGUUAUUUGUGGGCAACAUUAAAGAUUUUGUCCUGGCUAAAAAAUAUAAGGAGGCAUGUCAGUGUUCAGUAGCUCUCGGUCUUGUAAGGGAGUUUCCAAUUGAUUAUUUUGUCCUGCCACUUAUACUACAAGAUAAGUUGUCAGUAGCUGAGGAGGCACUGAUGAAGGAGCCGGCGAUGCAAGAAGAUCUUGUGCACCGUUUAGAUGAGCUAUUAGCUGACAGAAAUCUUCGUCAAAAUGUUGAUCAUCUUGUCCGGCAAUUAGAAGUACCAGAUGUCAAGUUGGAUAGAUUUAUGCAUCAUAAGCCUUUGGGAAAAUUAAUUGCCAAGCUAGUCAAGACAUACAAUUUAUCGUAUGAUUUGACACCAAACUUGAAUCAAAAGCGUAGUGCUGGUACAUUGAAUUUCCUGUUUCAUAAAAGAUUUAGUGAAAGAACUUUGAGCUUAGAUUCGUGGAAAGAAAUGAUAUAUGAUGCAGUGAAAGAUAAUAAAUCUCUUCAAUUAGAACUAGUAUUAUCUCUAUCAGCCUAUAAUGAGCCAGGGGAGGCUUUUUAUUGGGCUAAUGAAUUUUCUGUGUCUCAUCACGAUUGGCCACAGUACCUUGUGGAUUAUGUUAAAGAAAACCCUAAUGCAAAGCCUGAGUUUCCACGACCUCAGGACGUAAAUGCACAACAUAGCGAGAAUAAUUCUAGUGAUUCAUUUCAUAGUUUGUUGCUGCCAGAUUCAGCUAUACAGAUGGUUGAUUCUGAGGAAUUACUAAGAGAAUGUAUGAUGUACAUUAACAGUCAUGAUUGCAAAGUUGUUGGCAUUGAUUCAGAAUGGAAACCGGCUUUUGGUGGAAAGCAAAAUGAAUUGGCUCUCAUUCAAAUUGCAACAUGGGACCGCAUAUUUAUUCUAGAUGUUAUUGGUAUGGCAGGGAUACCUGAAGAUGCUUGGCAUGAGUCAUCCCGUCUAUUUUUUGAAAACCCUGAAGUAUUGAAACUUGGUUUUGGUCUUGGAGGAGACAUGGUAAUGAUCAAGGCUGCAAUUGCUCCACUUGCAAAUAUGAAAUUAAAUGGUUCAGGUUAUUUGGAUCUCUCACAAGUGUGGCGACGCCUUCAAAAUAAAGGAAUGACAUUUCCUUUCUCCGGUAGGGAUGCGAAUGCAGGUGGUGAAAGUCUGUCCAGACUUGUUAACCUAUGUUUUGGACAAGCAUUGAAUAAGUCUGAUCAAUUUUCAAACUGGGAGCAGCGUCCUCUAAGACAGGGACAAAUACGUUAUGCAGCUCUGGAUGCAUUCUGUCUACUAGAAUUGCAUAGGGAUAUGCAGAAAUAUGCUGAGGCUCAAGGCCUUCCUUUUUUGGAAAUAGUUGAUGAACUAAUCUUGGGCUUCCGCUCUCCAAAGAAGAGUGUUGGUGGUCCCUCUGGCCAUCGAAGGGGACGGGGUAGGGGAAGAGGAAGAGGCAGGUACCCAAGAGGUGGCUCAUCAAACCCUGGCCAAGGGCCCAGUCACGGCCAGGAAGAGGCACAUGAUGAGGACGUGGGUCAGGUUUCCAGCUUCAAGUUCCUCGCCGACGUGAUGCUCUGUGGCCUCGGACGGGAGCUGCGGAAGUGCGGCGUGGACUGCAUGAUACUGGACAAGAGCUUGAAGUCGUAUCCGAACGCCGAGGUGGAAGCUGUCUUCAGGCAGAUAGCAGAGCAGCGGAGGAUCGUCCUCUCUAAGGGCAGCAACGUGGACUGGUUCUGCAGUGAACUCGGCCCCGAGGACGUCUACGAGGUGGCGUGCUCGGCUGCCCGCGACCAGCUCAAAGAAGUCCUGGAGUACUUUGGCAUCAACGUGCAGGAGUCGGAUGUCUUCUCGCGCUGCAAGGAAUGCAACAGCAACGCGUUUGACCGUGCCGGGCGGGGCCUGCUGAUGGAGCUCGCCGGGAUGGACGCCGAGGAGAGCGCGGGCUCCGAGGAGGGAGCGGCGGAGGCUGCACCCGCCCCCGCGGAGGUGAAGAGGGGCUGGGUGCUGAGCGACAACUCCAGCAGCAUUGCUCAGGGCAGGACGCUGCUCGGGGCAAAGAUACAGAUUGAAAAGGUUCCACAAGAAGUCCUCAAGAAGAUUGAAAUGUUCUACAUCUGCGCGGUGUGCGGCAAAGUCUAUUGGGUAGGGUCUCAUCUCAGCUCUGCUUUGCGCCGUCACAAGGCAAGCGGCACGGUUAAAGUCGUGGGGCAAUUCUCCGACGCCGAGGAACACCCUGCGAGGGCUGAAGCCGAUGGUGUCUGAAUAGAAGCUGUUUAACACAAGGUAUAUUUCAAAGUUAAUUUAUUUUUUAUAAGAGCAUGAUGACGCUUCAAAUAAAACUGUGCGAGCUUAGGAAUACAGCAACGUUCAUUAAUCCUGUGAAUUAAAAUACCUCGUUAGCCGUUUUGCUAGUUUGCAAAACGUGGGUGUCGCACGGAACUGUCUGUCUCAAAUAUAAAAACAAGUCAUAAGCCGCGUUGCCUGUCGCUACUGCACGCCUUUGCUUACUAUUACUUACCCGAACACCCCGAGAGCACCUUCAGCCUUGUUACAGGGGUGCUUGGGUACGGCACACCUUGAACUUUGUGUUGUAGCAGUGUGCAAGGCUGAUCGAGUUGUGUUGUGAUCUCAUGGUUACGUUAUGUAGGGGAAGAAGGUUUGCCGGGAAAAACAGACAAAGGCUGGUUUGCUGUACAAGUACACCAUUUCUAUUUACACUUGAAAAAUUAAUGCACCAUUGUAUUGUGGACAAAGAGACCUAAAAGUACAAUAUGCUGCUGUACAAUGAUUCGUUUUAUCAUUUAUUGAUACAGUAAUAGUAAUAAUAUCAUUUUUGCACUAGGGUUGUAAUUUAAUAAAGAGAUUGGAAUUCAUUUUCCCCUCGAUUGUAAGCAAUACAACGCAGUAUGAAAAAUAAAUAAUCUAUUCUUUCA